GAGGCAGGCUGCAGGAGCUAAAAUAAAUGAGGGUCUUAACAGACUCAGGAACGUGGUGCCUGCAGGAGAUACCAACAUGCAGGAAGGAUUUAAAAAGGUCAAUGAGCAGAUCAGGAAUGUCAACGAGGGAGCCACCAGGGUUUCCAGCGUGAUAAUCGCUUUUACUGAUGGAGAACUGUUUCCAGUACCGCUUAGGGAGACUAAGGAGGAAGCUGACAUAUCUCGGAGCAUGGGGGCAACUAUUUACUCCGUGGGUGUGUUGAACUAUAAGAGAUACCAGAUAGAAGCAAUUGCAGACAGACCAGAACACGCAUUUGGGGUGGACACUGGAUUCACGGGCCUGCAAGGCAUCGUUGACAAGCUCGCAUCAAAGUUUUGUCUUGAAGUUACAUCUGCGCAUGCUACCAGUUCGUGUUUAGGAGAGCCUUAUGAAGUGGUCGUUUCUGGGAAAGGCUUCCAUAAUGCAAGAGUACAAGCUGAUAUUUCUUGCAGAUUCAAGUUCAGUGACUCCAAAGUCAUCAAUGUAAAUCCAACUGUGGUGGAAGAAACUAAAAUAAUUUGUCCUGGACCAGUGAUAGAACAGCCCAGACAGCCGAUGUUUGUUCAAGUCACCCUGAACAAUGGCAUCACUUUCCUUGGCAGCAACUUCACCAUCACCAAGGUCAACUGCGUGACAAGUACCACCCCACGCCCCACUACUACACCAGAGCCAACUGAGCCUGUCAGAACACCUAAACCCACUAGACUACCAGAACCCUUUAGCCCAAAAGAACCCGUUGAAAUGAUGGAACUUGUUGAAACAAUGGAACCUGUUGAAACAACAGAACCUGUUGAAACAAUGAAACCUGUUGAAACAAUGGAAUCUGUUGAAACAAUGGAACCUGUUGAAACAAUGGAACCUGUUAAAACAACAAAACCUGUUGAAACAAUGGAACCUGUUGAAACAAUGGAAUCUGUUGAAACAAUGGAACCUGUUAAAACAACAGAACCUGUUGAAACAAUGGAACCCGUUGAAACAAUGGAAAUUGCUGAAACAACAGAACCCGGUAAAAGAACAGAACUUUUUAAAACAACGGAACCUGUCAUGCCCCGAAAACUCAUUAUCUCGGAGCAACUGCACAGCAACCCGCUGGUCCUCGUCGCCAUCGGGCUGUCCCUGCUGCUGCUCCUGCUACUGCUGUGUCCUGUCCUCUGGCUCUGCUGCAGGAGGAACCCGAAGGAGCCAAUACCUGUGCUGCAGCCGGAACAGAAGCCUACGCCACCGCCGCCACCGCCACCAGCACCUACAAACGCAUGUCCCAGAGUGAUGGUUUAUUGCUGUGCGUGCAGAGGGGGACCCUGCGGGACGAGAGGGAUGGAGCUCCUACCAGGUGCCACUGAUGUGGUGUCAGCCCGGGGCCCAGAGGAGCUGCAUUCACUGUACCCCCAUGAGUCCCCUGGGCAUGCGGGCCCCCUGCAGCCCCAACGGCACCUGUCUUCCUCCCUGCUGGGACAGCCGCCCCCUGCACUGCUGCUCCCGCUGCCGCUGCCUCCCAGCCACAUGUGCCGGGCCGCCCUCCAGGAUGCUGCCGCUGCUCCCUCCCUCUGCCCGGACACCCUGCAGGACCCCUUUGUCACUCCCAGCCCCAUAGCCCAACCUCUAAGGGCCGAAAACCCACGAUUAAGAGGUCUUUGUUUGCUGAAUUGGACACGAGUGUUGAGUUUUGCUUUAUGGCCCAAAGGACUGGAAUAUGUUGCUGGUAGCAACAGAGUUUAUCACCUGGGAGAUUGGUCCAUGGUGUGAGAUGUUUCACAUUGCACCUGCCAGCACAAGGCCCCUGGUGUCCUGUGGAUGCGAGGCAUGCAUGAGUCCCACGCCCAGCGACCCUGUUCAUCUGUCACUGCUGGGACACACGGGGCCUAACGCCAAAUUCUGCAUGAAAAGAACCCAGCAGUCUUUGAAAUACAAAUGUGAUCCUGUUUUUCCUUCCCUAGUUUUUUGCAAGGAGAAGUACCUGAAUUUCUCAUCUCAUGCAUUCCGUGUCCCUGGUUUCCAUUUUUUGGCUACCUAAAUUCCAGAAGUGUAGAAGAAGGAGUUAAGCCCUUUUUGGAAGUGCUACUUCUCUUUCCAGUGUUAAAAGAAAAACUUUAGAUAAAUUAAAUUUAACAGAGUUUAACUGAGCAAUGAAUGAUUAGCAGCAAAUUGGGCAGCCCAGAACCAGAUAGGUUCAGAGUGAUUCUAGGGCUACCAUGUGGUUGAAUAGCAUUUAUGGACAGAAAAAGGAAAGUGACAUGUGGAAAUGGAAGUGAAGUACGUAACACAUGGCCUGGUUAUGGCUGAGCAUUUGGCCUAUUUGAACCUGGUUUAAAUAGUUGGCUGCCGGCUUUUGAAUGAAGUUCAGCUACGGUGACUGGCUGAGACUUAGCUACUCAUAAUGACAAGAGUAGGCUACAGUCUACCAUUGUUAAGUUACAGUUCGCUAUGUACAGAGAAACCUUUAGGUCAAACUUAAAAUAUGCAUGGAGGCAGCUUUAGGCCAAAUUAAUUUAACAUUUCCCCUCUUUUGGUCAAUCUCUCAAUUUUCAGAGAUUGACCAAAGCUUUUGACAUGGAUGUCACUCUCUGUCACCAUCAUAAAUGGACUUACUUGAUCUCAAAUCCCAUUGGACAAUAGCACAACUGUGGGUUUUAUAAGACGGGAGCAAAGAAAGCCAACAAUAGGAAAAAAAUCGUUGAUGAACAUCAGGUUACUUUUUCAUAAGGGUUAGAGCAGAGGGGACUUCCUUGUUAUGCUGGAUUCUCCUGUUCUGAGGAAAAAACAAAUUGAUCUGUUUGGGGAUCGAUUUGUUUCCUUAAAGUUUCAGUUUGAGAAUGUGGCACUUAGCAUGAGUGACUCCAGUUUGGUUUGGUCUGAUCUGUGGUCUGGUCUAGUACAGGAUCUCAGUUCAAAACAAUAGCCUCCCACAAUCUUAUUUAACAAUUCCCCCCUUUUGCUCAGGUUCUCACCUAAGUGAGAGUGUAACCAAAACUUAGGGCAUUAGUGUGGAGUAUACUAUAAAGCAAAUAUAUUUCACAGGGCCUAGUUUCUUGUACUUUCAGGUUCAGUCUAACUUCUUAAAAGUACAUAUAAAAUGUUGACCUUUCAAAAAACAGGAAAUUUUCCCCAGGCUAUAGUCUCUGCUGUAAGAUGAAAAAUUGUAACAACAGCAAGGCUGCUGGUUCAAAGACAGACAAGCUACUGAUUGAUGUGUAAAGCUGUGUGGGGAGAAGGAAUGUUUGCUAAGAUCAAGCUUUUGUUGGUGGAUCACUUAAUUAAACUGAUAAGAACAGAUACUACACUUGAUCUUAGCCAAAAGGCCGAGAAGCAAUGGUGGAUCACUUAAAUUGCCUUAUGGAAUGUCACUUUGCUUGUGAAUGUUACCUGCCUAUAUUGUUAAACUAUAACCCCACCUAUGUUCUCUUCCUGUAACUUCCUGGUCUGGAGAAUAAAUGUGGGAAGAGAACCCCAAUUCAUGGUUAAUUUCCCAAAUGGAAGGAAUGCCUCUCUCUUGAGGGUUCCUGGAGAUUAACCACUUCGGGGCUUCUCACUGCUCAGAA